AUGAAGGUUUUAUUGUUACUGUUUUGUGUUUUAUCCCUUGUGGAAUCAAUCUCCCGUAUUAGAACAACUGUUGUAAAUGCACAAAUUACCCUUCGCUGCAAAGCUCCGAAGAGCCCAGAUGCCACAGUCUUCCUGAUGGAAAGAGAUUUUGAUGAUAGUGCAAUCGAUGAAGACGACACAAUGGAUUUUUCCACAUAUACAUUCGGCAAAUCACCGGAAAUGAAGCUGACACUAGAAGGCGAACAAUUCGAAUUUUCUGGUUUGGAUCCUUACAUCUAUGUCACUCAUAACUGCGCGAAAUCACCAGAUAGCUGGAAAACCUAUACUGUCGAUUUGAUGAGCUCAAUGUAUUAUUCAAGAACCUUCGAUAUCAUUAUAGACCUUGAUACCGAAACAUCCAUCAUUAACUACAAACGAAUUCAAACUUAA